AUGGCUCUUAUAAAAGCAAAGGAUCGGCAAAGAAAAUUAUGCGAGGAAGAGAAACAACAAGCUGAGUUGAUGAUCGGUAUGGGAGCCAAUCCCACUAAGCCAUCAAGAGAAAAGCAAAAACUGAUGUUACAAUGGUUAUUUGGUAGUGGACAAGAUUAUAAUAUUAGCAAUAUUCAAUCAGUACCAAGUCAGUUCUUAGAUGGACAAGUACAAGAAUGUCUAUAUUUAUUGAAAGAUUUUUUAGAUCUAAAUGUUUUGAAAGAAAUGAUAAAUAAAUGUUCCAAUGAAGAAUGGAUGUGUGGAACCUGUAGCAAUGAUCUUAGGGAUGUUCGAAGUGUUUCCUGUGAUUCCUGUCUCAAGUGGUUCCACUUUUCUUGUGCAGGCAUCAAAAGGCCUCCAAGUAAAAAAGAAUGGUUUUGUAAAGCAUGCAGGAAAUAA